AUGAGAUAUGGUAUUAUAAAUUUCGAAGAUAAAAAAAAGAAAGAAUCAGAUUUGUAUACAACAUUAUCGAAUUUUAAAGAUGAAUUUAGAGUAACUCAUAAAAUUAAUAGAUCUGACCUUGAUGUACUAAAAGAUGAAGAAAUAAAACAAAU